UUGUCGGCGUAUGAAUGUGAAGAAUCAAGCCUUUGCCGUAGUACGAUUAUUAAACGCGUCUUCUUACCGUCUGUCACAUCAGCUCUGAAACACCGGCGGCAGGAGACAAACAGGAAAUCAGAAUUAAACAGCCUUUUAGAGUUUACCUGAGAGUUUAUUUUCAUCCUGUAAUACAUUUAGGGUGCAUAUUGAUUCUCUCACAUAUACUGCUGUUAACAAUGCUUCAGUGUCUAUCGGGAAGUUCGUGUGCGCGUGUAGUUGGCGGUUAUAAGUCUACGUGGUAUUUCUUGGUUUUGGUAUUGUCUUAUUCUUUAUAUUUAAUAUUCGGUGCUUUGGUGUUUUCCGCGGUCGAGUUACCGUAUGAGGAGAAGCUCCGACAGCAGCUUCGCGCCGACAAACAGCAGUUUCUCCAGGAUAAUGAAUGUGUGUCCGAUGAUAGACUUGAGGAGUUUUUAAUGAAAGCACUGGAGGCGAGUAAUUACGGUGUGUCGGUUUUACAAAAUGCCACUAUUAACUGGAACUGGGACUUUACAUCGGCGCUAUUCUUCGCCAGUACGGUACUUUCUACCACAGGAUAUGGCCACACCGUGCCUCUGUCAGAUGGGGGUAAGGCCUUCUGUAUCGUAUACUCAAUAGUGGGAAUCCCAUUCACCCUUCUGUUACUGACUGCAGUGGUGCAGAGGAUCAUGGAGUUCAGUACCCGUAGGCCUGUGGAGUAUUGGCACAGGCGCUGGGGCAUGUCCAAACCUCUGCUGGCAGCCCUGCAUGCUGCCCUGUUGGCCAUUAUUGUUCUGUCCUGCUUCUUCCUUAUACCUGCCAUCAUCUUCUCAGUUCUGGAAAAGGACUGGAAUUUCCUGGAGUCUUUUUAUUUUUGCUUCAUCUCUCUAAGUACCAUUGGUUUGGGUGACUAUGUACCAGGAGAGGGCUACCACCAGAGAUUCAGAGAGCUGUACAAAUUGGGCAUUACCUUGUACCUAAUAUUGGGCUUGAUCGCUAUGUUGGUGGUUCUGGAAACCUUUUGUGAGCUGCAAGAGAUGAAGAAGCUCAGGAAGAUGUUUUACCUGAAGAAGCAAAAGACUGAGGACCAGCUUAACAUUGUGGAUCACGAUCACCUCUCGUUCGCCUCUGUGUCCGACCAGGCAGCCUCAUUUAAAGAAGACAGGACAGAUUUAUUUCCUGAUGAUAUAAUCAGUGCUACACCCACUCCAACUUCUAAUGGACCGACGGAACGAUGAUAUCAAUAAGUCCUGUGUCUUGAGCCCCUUCAAGGCACAAUAUGCUAAUAAUAUUUCUCCGUUAAGGGCAUGAAUAUAUUGUAAUUAUACUCUGAUGAAUAAGAAAGAAAGAUAGUGCUGUGGAUAUAUACUUGAAAUAUAGGUUGAAGUUUAUUUUAUAAUGGAAAAUAGUACUAUGAUUUUGUAUAUAUAUUAAAAUAUAACUCCACACAGUUGUCCAAACAGCUACUGAUCAGAAUAAAACGUCACAUGGUAUGAUAAUAUAUAGUUAUUGGUUAAAUAGACUUCCUUUACAUAAUCUGUUUACUGUACUUAGUUGUUAGGUUCCUUAAAAAGGAAGAAUAGCUGGUAUUAUAGUUUAGUCGUUGAAUUUUAAUGCAAAUCGCAUAAAAAGGUUUAAUGAUAUUGGAAAUAAUAUAAUUGCCAAAUUGUUUUUUUACAUGUUUUAUAUAAAGUGGCAGGUCCCUCGUGACCAUACUGUAUGUUAAAGUCUGUGUUCCUUCGUAUAAUCACCCAAGUACCAUAUUAAUGAAAUUUAGGAUAAAUGCAAGUUAUUUUCUCAGAUUUCUCAGAGGGAUUUAGAAAAUCAAAACCAAUAUUGUCUCUUGAAGGGAUUUUUCUUUGCCUUAAGCCAUUUUGGCUCUUUGGAAACAGUAUCGUUUGUUGCAGUAAGUGUUGUCUUCCACUUUGUGGGAGAUGUAAAGAAGGAUGUUCUGUAUAUUCUUACCAUCGACUGGGUUUGUUACUGAAGGAAGGAAGUUAUGUAUUUUAUCAUUACUUUAGUUUUAAGCUUUUUUAUUUUUUUGAGAUGCACUUUAACAACUUAAAAUAAACCGGAGGUUGUUUGAUGAUGA